GAAGCGCUGAGGAGCCCGUGUCUUUAUAGCAGCUUUUGGUGUUGUGUUUGAGUUACAGCCGAUUUAAUAUCCUUUUUUUCCUUCGCUUUUCCUCUCUCUCUCUCUCUCUCUCUCUCUCUCUCUCUCUCUCUCUCUCUCUCUGCGGACGGAAUCAUGAAUAUUUUUAGACUCACCGGGGAUCUCUCGCAUUUAGCUGCUAUCAUCAUCCUGCUGCUGAAAAUAUGGAAGAGCAGGUCCUGUGCAGGUAUAUCUGGGAAAAGCCAGGUUCUGUUUGCAUUGGUUUUCACAACACGCUACUUGGACCUUCUGACCUCGUUUAUCUCGCUGUACAACACUACCAUGAAGGUUAUCUACAUUGGAUGUUCGUAUGCCACAGUGUACCUGAUCUAUGCCAAGUUCAAAGCCACCUAUGAUGGAAACCAUGACACUUUCAGGGCGGAGUUCCUGGUCGUUCCUGUGGGUGGUCUCGCUUUUCUCGUCAACCACGAUUUCACUCCUCUGGAGAUCCUGUGGACCUUCUCUAUCUACUUGGAGUCUGUGGCCAUCCUUCCUCAGCUCUUUAUGAUCAGUAAGACCGGCGAAGCUGAGACCAUCACCACACACUAUCUGUUCUUCCUGGGCCUCUAUCGUGCCCUUUAUCUCAUCAACUGGGUGUGGCGCUUCUACUUCGAAGGCUUCUUCGACAUGAUCGCCAUCGUGGCAGGCGUGGUGCAGACCAUCCUUUACUGCGAUUUCUUCUAUCUCUAUGUAACAAAAGUGCUGAAAGGGAAGAAGCUGAGUUUGCCUGCUUAAGCGAGUGACAGAGACAGAGCUUUAGCGGUCGUGUGCAGAAGCGCAGGACACACAGCGCUGACCUCACGCUCGUGUUAAGACGCCCGGAGGAGUGCAACACGGAUCUGUUAUUUCCCUCAACCCCCCGAGCAGCUCUGGGACAGUUCUGGAUUCAAACUGUGGUAAUCACACAGCUCCUCCUCCAGUCUCCACCUUUUACACCCUUUUUUUAUUACUUACUCAGAUAAAAGAAAAGAAAAGAUCACUUCAAUUUGGCUCGAGUAUAAAACGCUGUUAAAAAAAACUAAUCACAUGUAUGAGUAUGUGACGGUCGAUGGGAUUAUUCUUCUGCGGGUUUUGUUUUUGUGAAAUUCGAGUGAAUGUACCAUAUUUUCUAGAGCGUAAGACGUGACAUUUUAAGGUGUCACUCUUUAAUCAGUUUUUGGGGAUUGUUGCGGCCAAAAUCACGAUACAAAAUGGGAAAUCUACUUGAGUUGAUAUCGAUUCGGCCCGGAGAGACGGUUUAAAAGGUGCUAAUAUGCGGUUUUAAGGUAGGUGUGUAAGCUCAGUAGUUACAGGAAGAUGAAAUCAUCAGUUCAGUCGUCGUCAUGCUGGUAAACAAAAAUAUUGUUGUCAUGGUGAUCACAAUUUUCUGCAAUCAUCUCGGAGAAACGAACGUGCCCCAGCGCCGUAGAUGGUCAGCAAGGAGCUCCAGCAUUUACAGAAGGGUCAAGCCGUGCGUGCAGACGCGUCCGCUUCGGACCCGACACAAGGAUUUACGAUGUAGAAGUGCAGCACAUGCAUCAGCUCAGGAAACAACACCGCAACACACAAACAUCCAACCCUAAAAUGCAGAUUUAAAGAUUCUAUGACGUCGACAUGGUACAUAAACAUGAUUUACGCUCUCAUUUGACUGGUAGGGUUUUCUGGAAAAUAUGGUACAUUUAUUUAUCGAAGCUGCGAAGUUGAUUCGGUUGGAUUAAUUACUCUGUGGCAAAAUUGAUUGAAUUAUGUGUUAUUUUUUCAUUUUUAUUUUUUCUUAUUUUCUUUUAAACUCAAAGUACAUUUCUCAGUGUAGAGGGUUACCUUUUAUUAUUUUUUUAUUUAAUUUUUUUUUUUUUUUUUUUUUAAAUUUUAAACAAGAAUAAAAAAACGCACCUUUUUUUAAGUGUUUUCCUGAACUAUAAAUUAUAAAUAAUCGAUUCUGUAGCAAUGUGAACGAGCGAAGGUUUGAUAUCGGUCCCGUGAUUCCUAUACGCAUCAGCUUGCAGUAUUGACACACUGCCUUUAUAUGUCUUAUUUAAAAUGAAUUAUUCGAUUCAUCGGCCAUUUUAUUUACUCGAAUAACGCGUUCGGAUUUUUAUUCGCUUUCCCUCGUCUGAUUACGAACGAUCUGAUCUGAUCUGAUCUGAGCUGAUUGCAUCUUAUCCGGUCAUUCUAAAAAAUAUAUAAAUUGUUUAUCAAGAAUUUAUUUUAUAAUUGUUUAUCAAAUUUAUCAAGAAAUUAUAGAAUGUAACGGAGGAAUUUGCUGUUUUUUAAUGCAUCGAUAUUAUUUUUUUUUUAUCAGCUUGACCCACAGAGCUGUAAAGCAUGAUUUGUAUAUUGAGUUUUCUUCAUAUAAAAAGUCUUAUUUGUCAUUUCCGAGGGAAGGGGAUUGUCGCAAAUUGGGUUAAAAGAGUUUUACUGAGUGGUGUUUCCAUCUGUUUUUCACUUAAUUUCUGAUUUCUGAUUGUUAUUAUUAUUAUUUUUAAAUUAACCUUCACGACAUCCAUCUCAAAUAAAGAUCGUUUGAGAAAC